AUGGAACUCGAAUUCGACAAAUAUUGUAUCAUGGAUGGAAGCCCCAAAACCGUCCUCCCUGCUCCCCAUCACCGUUCGAAAUCCGUUUACAGAAAGUCAAAUGAAAAAGUCAAAUGUGGAAAAGAUUUGCUCGGCCUCAACAAAAAUUUCACGGAGAUCAGCUUUAACCGCUACCGCAGUGCAUCCUGCAGGGACGCUCGACCAACGAGACCCAAUCCCGAGCUGCACAAGCGUGGUUCGAGCAAAAAAGGGUCUUUGGACAAUAAUAUCAGUAAGCCUGCUAAGGAUAUCGUGAUCAAAUCUGUAGUAUCCUCAUUUGCUCCAGUCAAAUACGGUAACAGCCCAAGGGAAAAAAAGCCAGCCGUUAAUUUGCGAAAAUCGUUAUCGUCUAAAUUAGCUUUGCCCCACUCACCUGCUCGUUCGGAGAAUGAUUGCUCAGAAAUAAACGGUCAGAAAAACUUUGAUCGUUAUGUUAAAUCGGAAGACAAAAACGAACCAUCUUCACCAGCUCACAUUCGCGGGUUUCUAAAAUCCAAACACAAAAACGGCCUCCCGUUUUUCGAAUUCUCGGUGAGUUCGUCGCCAGAUGACGUUUCUUACGUCGCAAAGACAUGGAAAGUCAAUAAUGCCCUCAGGUGGGUCUACACUUUUCACUCACUUCAUCCUAAAAGAAAGAGCAAUGCAAGUAGCCGUAAAUCCACUACGGUUGGGCAGAUGGUAGUAUCAUGCAAUCUACGUACAGAGUUAAACGGUCCCGGAGCAUUUAACGAUGCCAUGGUGCAAGAGUGUGUUUUGUACGAUUUACCACAAUCGAGAACUGAUAUUACGAAACUGCCCCUACCAGCCGACCACAGGCAGAAGAACGAAGGAGCAGCCAAGAAAAUGAUUAAAGAUCGGAUUUUUAACCACUCUCCAGAGCUGGAAAUUGCGGCUAUCGUCAUGCGGGCCCCGUUCGUGAAGAGAGAGAGUCUGAAGUUUAAAACCGGGGAAGGGAAAAUGGACUGUCCGCUCCCUAGCUUGCUGGAACUUUGCCAGAUGGAGGAGAAGAGAGAGGAGGGUAUUUCUGUCAAUUCACGUCGUGGGGAGAUGCAUGUGGUGGUGCCAUCUGGGAGCCACGGUUUGCCGUGUGGUGGUGAGAACUGUGGGCCAUCACCGUUAUUGGACAGGUGGCGGUUGGGUGGAGGGUGUGACUGUGAUGGCUGGGACAUGGCGUGCCCUCUCGACGUUUUUGUUAAUCCGGAUUUUCAGAUUUGUGACGGGCAACCGUUGGUGGACAGCUGGCAUCCGGUUGAGCUAUUUGUUCAGGGAAGAAAAAACAACAAAAUACCUGCAUUUACAAUGAGGGCGAUCGAGGAUGGAAAGUACACCAUUGAUUUUCAUGCACAGUUGUCUUCUCUGCAAGCGUUCUCCAUAUGCGUAGCUAUUUUGCAUGCUGCAAAUGCAUCCACUGCUGCAGUGGAGCACGAGGCGAACAAACGAAUGCUGCAAAGUGACUCUCUUAAGGUAUAUACCGAAGAGGAAAUCAAGAACGUGGUGGACUCGAUAUCCGAAGAGGAGAGAUUUAAGGCCGACAGCAAAAAAGACGAAGUCUUGCCAUCUUUUGUGCUAAAUCAACCCUUCUCACCGAUUGCUCGAGUAUAGAUUAGAUAUAGGCUUUUUGUGGAAAAACUGAGCUGGGCAAAGGGUAACUGGACAAAGAGUCUCCUGGUUUUAAUUUUUUUAGCUAUUCUUUCUUAGGCAAAAAUCAAAUUGAACACUAUACUGUUCAUAUUGUUAGACUGAUAGGGAUUGAGGGGAAGGAAAUAGGGGCCAGUAGUCCAGAAGUAGUUUUUACAUGAGGCUUUUUUUCUUUUUUUAAUGUAACUUAAGGUGGUUAAGAAUGUUUUCUACUGGAGUUUGCAAUGUAAUAUACAAUGAAUAAAGGCAGCCCCAUGAAUUUUCGACUUUUCCAUAAAUCAAAAUUUGAAAAAAG